CUUUUGUGCACGGUGUCUGCGCCCCCUGCAGGUUGCAGCUUCACCCUGCGUCAUAAUGGUGGAGGACGACCGGACGGCAGGAGCCCAGUAAAGAAGGCUCGACACCAUCCUGCGUCGCCUGGCUUCUUCCACAGAUAUUGAAAAGAGGACAUUUCUCAGCACCACAUCCCCUGAAGACAGAAGCAGGCACCAUGAAGCACUUCCUAAGGGUUUUGACCCAGCUCUUCGUGUUCCUCUAUUGCAAAUGUCUGUGGCGAGGCCUCAAGUUCGCGGUCCGGAAGUUCACCGGACGAUGCGAGCUGCAGAGGAUUUGCUACAACAACAAACAUGGCGCCCGCAGGACGCUCAAGAUCGAGUCGUCCCUGAGGUACUCCAAAAGUGAGCUGCUGCAGUCCGCUCUCAGCACCCAUCCGGACAAAGUGGAGAAAAGCAUUGAGGACAUCAUGGCUCUAAAGAAGAUCAACCCUGACACCAACCCUCAGUUGGGGAUCUCCCUGCAGGCCAGCCUGCUGCAGAUUGUGGGCUACAGGAACCUGCUGGCCCAGGUGGAGAAGCUGCGCCGAGAGCCGUACGACUGUGAGAAUGCAGAACACGAGGAAAUGCUGAUGAAGCUGUGGAAGGAGCUCCGUCCUGACACCCCUCUGAGCGGCCGCAUCUCCAAACAGUGGUGCGAGAUCGGUUUCCAAGGCACCGACCCCAAGACGGACUUCCGAGGCAUGGGCCUGCUGGGGCUCCACAACCUGCUGUACUUUGCGGAGCACGACAAGGCCACGGCUCUGCAGAUGCUGCACGACUCCCUGCAGCCAAAGCACAACGAGGCAAACAAGGCUGAAUGGGAACAGCGAAACCUUGAGAAGGCCAUCGGCUAUUCUUUCGCCAUUGUGGGCAUCAACAUCACAGACCUGGCAUACUCACUCCUGGUGGGCGGGGCCCUGAAGACCCACCUGUACAACGUGGCCCCCGAACUACCCACCCUGCUGCACUUCCAGCAGACCUUCUGUUACCUGAUGCAGGAGUUCCACAGCUUCUGGAUGGAGGAGGACCCCAGCGACAUCAUGGAGUUCAACCGGGUGCGCUCCAAGUUCCACCGGAAGAUCCUACGACAGCUGAAGAACCCGGACGCCGCUCUGUGCCCCCAUUUCUCCGCCUCUGACCUCCACCUGGUCAAUCUGUAAACACUCACCCUCACUGAUGGACACGUCUGGUAGGCCCGUUAUGUAUAAAAACAUGAGCUAACAUGGAGCUAAUGUCAUCGCCGCGUCACUGCCAGCAACUUCACACACACACACACACACACACACACACACACACACACACACACACACACACACACACACACACACACACAACACCACCAGCAUCUGAAAUGAGCGCAGCGAUUGUAGCUGUGCCACCAUCACACUUUUAUCUUGCGUUAAUGAUUGUAUCACACUCUUUACCAUCAUUUUGCUUUUUCACGCACCAAAAAUGUCGCUCUGGGCCAAAAAAAAAAAUAAUGUUGAUGUUUUGAUGUGCCGUCAAAUAUUGUAGUUGAAUGUGGAGAAUUCAUGUCCUGAAGAUGCUCAAGGCACGUAUCAGCUAGCAUUUUACUAUAUCUUGUACAGCAACGAUGCUAAUAGUCAGUGUACACCUUCUAUUGCAGUAUUUAUAGCCAUUACUGUACUCUUAGCGGGCAACGCAAGUGACUAGCAAGCACGAGUGCUGCCGACAUUGAGGGGAGAGCAAACAUGAAUUCCAAAUAUGAGUCAACAUAUUGUUGUUGAAAAAGCUUGCAACACAAGUCAGCUGCAGAAUAUGUUUGUCUCGUGCUCUGGGGGCUGCACGAGUGCUGCCGAUACCGAGGGGAGAGCAAAUAUGAAUUCCAAGAAUGAGUCAACAUAUUGUUGUCUAAAAGGCUUGCAACACAUGUCAGCAGCAGAAUAUGUCUCAUGCUCUGGGGGCUGCACGAGUGCUGCCGACACUGAGGGGAGAGCAAAUAUGAAUUCCAAAAAAGAAUCAGCAUGUUGUUGUCUAAAAAGCUGGCAACACAAGUGCUAAGCAGAAUAUGUUUGUCUCGUGCUCUGGGGGCUGCACGAGUGCUGCCGAUACCGAGGGGAGAGCAAAUAUGAAUUCCAAGAAUGAGUCAACAUAUUGUUGUCUAAAAGGCUUGCAACACAUGUCAGCAGCAGAAUAUGUCUCAUGCUCUGGGGGCUGCACGAGUGCUGCCGACACCGAGGGGAGAGCAAAUAUGAAUUCCAAAAAAGAAUCAGCAUGUUGUUGUCUAAAAAGCUGGCAACACAAGUGCUAAGCAGAAUAUGUUUGUCUCGUGCUCUCGGGGCUGCACGAGUGCUGCCGAUACCGAGGGGAGAGCAAAUAUGAAUUCCAAGAAUGAGUCAACAUAUUGUUGUCUAAAAGGCUUGCAACACAUGUCAGCAGCAGAAUAUGUCUCAUGCUCUGGGGGCUGCACGAGUGCUGCCGACACUGAGGGGAGAGCAAAAUAUGAAUUCCAAAAAAGAAUCAGCAUGUUGUUGUCUAAAAAGCUGGCAACACAAGUGAUAAGCAGAAUAUAUUUGUCUCGUGCUCUCGGGGCUGCACGAGUGCUGCCGAUACCGAGGGGAGAGCAAAUAUGAAUUCCAAGAAUGAGUCAACAUAUUGUUGUCUAAAAGGCUUGCAACACAUGUCAGCAGCAGAAUAUGUCUCAUGCUCUGGGGGCUGCACGAGUGCUGCCGACACUGAGGGGAGAGCAAAUAUGAAUUCCAAAAAAGAAUCAGCAUGUUGUUGUCUAAAAAGCUGGCAACAUAAGUGAUAAGCAGAAUAUGUUUGUCUCGUGCUCUGGGGGCUGCACGAGUGCUGCCGAUACCGAGGGGAGAGCAAAUAUGAAUUCCAAGAAUGAGUCAACAUAUUGUUGUCUAAAAGGCUUGCAACACAUGUCAGCAGCAGAAUAUGUCUCAUGCUCUGGGGGCUGCACGAGUGCUGCCGACACCGAGGGGAGAGCAAAUAUGAAUUCCAAAAAAGAAUCAGCAUGUUGUUGUCUAAAAAGCUGGCAACGCAAGUUCUAAGCAGAAUAUGUUUGUCUCGUGCUCUGGGGGCUGCACGAGUGCUUCCGGCACUGAGUGGAGCAGUGGCUCAUUGAGAGAAACAUGAGUUCCACAAGUUGAGCUGGAGACACAAGGGAGUCCACCCAUUCUGUGUGACAGCACACAGAACGCAUGUGUACCCUAUACUGCUAUAGAAGCCGUACACUGACUACUCUAGAGUAUAUCCAUUUCUCUAUCAAUGGUUGCUGAAAGGCGGGGCGUGUACUCCCUUUGGGGCGCCCGUGUUCGUUGUAGGAUUUAUCGGAUUGCAGUGCUUCUCAUUUCUACCAUGAAUGUUUCUCACACGCUCACGAUUGUUUUUCAUAUUUUGAAUUCAUCGAAUGUGACACUUUGUCAGCCAAAGCAAUAAUUCACAUUCUCUUGUCGUGUUUAGUUUUUUUUCCCACGCCAUGCGUGCCUGCCGUGCGUGUUUUUGGUGUUAUCUUUCCAUAACGUUUACAGCCCGAUGAAGGAAAAAUGGAACUUGAUGGUGGGCAGCAUUCAAACACAACAAUAGGGACAUUUGUUUGAAAUGAACAAAGAAAUAAGUAUUAGCAUUUGUAGAUUUAAAAAUAAUCAUUUAGUAUUAAACAAGAGAUUUUUGUCUUUAUUUUAAUUUAGUAUGAAAUAAUUAGAUAAAGUUUUUGAAUUGGAAGUUGUUGGCUCAACAAAGGUAGACUAAACUAAAAACUACUAAACUACACAAAAACUACACAAGAAAUGAAAGUAGCUAAUUGAAGAAAUGAAUUGAAGGGGACCUAUUAUGCUUAUUAUCCACGUUUCCGACCAACUGUAUAAAUGUUGUUACAAUUUUGUAUUGUCGUGUUAAACGAUGCCAACUCAUCACAUAAUAAGGUUUGCGCAUUUUAAAGUGAGCCCAAAAGACGUUUUUUCUACGACUUCCUUAUAUGGGCAUGCCCAGAUGCGCAGUAGGCCCUCCCUGCUUACCUCUGUUCACCAAAUAGUAUUGACACGUUUUCCGGUGUAAGGAAAAUAUUAUUUAGUUUAGCUUGUGUGAAGUGGUUGGAGUAUGUGAUUCUGUCAAACGGCACACGGGACUGUUUUGUGAACAUGGGUGAAGCUGGACUAUCCAGAACUGGACUAUCCACCAAUUUAUUAGUGUCCUAACUGUGUUUACUUUUUGGAAGUUAUCGGACAAAAUGAGCUCGGCAGCUUUCCGGAAGCCCUCGGGAGCGCUGGGGAGUGUGACCAAUCACAGCGGAGUGGGCGUACCGGGAGGAGGGCCAGGGGUGGAGUAAAUAAAGUAGGAAAUCCAUGAAAACACUCAAGAAAGAGCUACAGAAACUGGAAGAUCUCAAAAGUUUUCUGUGCGGGUUAUUGUGUGUAGCUGCUCUAUAGGAGUCCACAACUCAACUCAAUACAAAGGUCAGAAAAUGAGCAUAAUAGGUCCCCUUUAACUGUAAAUGUAAACUUGGUUAACAUGUACUGAAAUAAGUAGUACACAUUCAAUUUGAGUAAGCCGUAAUGAAAGUAAUGAAAGCAAAAUGGAACUAAGCUGAAGCCAAUAGAAGGAAAACGCAAACUAAAGUAAAUAAACGACAUUAAAGCAGGGGUGUCCAAACUAUUUUUAUGCUCAGAUCUUAUUUGUAUUUCAAGAAAUAACUACAUUUCAGCUUUGUUGUAUUUGUAAAAUAGCAUAUAGUAGGAACUUUUUGUAUUUAAAAAAUAUUUCAAGUAAUUUCAAAUGACCUUCAUACAUUUUCUUUACAUAAUGUUAUGAUUUCAUGAUACUUUAUUUGUUGUUUUUCUUAAUAUCAUGACUUUUGUUUUCUUUAAUAUUUCAACUUGAUGCGAGCAAAAUGACAUUUGAUCAUAAUAUGACGUUUUCCCCUUUAGAUUACAACUUUUUUUCUCAGUAUUUUGACUUUAUUCAUGUGAAAUUACUGCAGAUUUUUAAAUUUUUACUGUUGGUGUUAUAAGUUAUAUUAUUAAAUGCGGCACGGGCCAAUAAAAAAAACAGCCGCGGGCCAGAAAUGGCCCCUGGGCUGCACUUUGGCCACCCCUGCAUUAAAUGUUAGUUUGCAAAUUGAAAGCCAAUGAAUGUAAGCCGAACUAAGCCUAACCAAAUGAAAUCAAACUCAGCUAAGAAAACACAAAGUAAAGUAAUCACAGCAGAACUAAACUAAAUUAAAAAAAAUAAAGUAAGCUGAACUAAAACAGUUAAAGUAAAUGGAAAAAAAAAAUCCAAAGCAAACUAAAACAAACCAAAGUAGAUCCUAAACUCAAUCUAACGACUUCAACUGAACUAAAAACACUUGAGUGAGACAAUGAAAGUUAUUUAAUGCCACCAGCUUUAAUGCAGAAGUUUUAUUUUGUUGUCCAUGUUAACCACUGAGUAUUAAAAUUAGCAUAGCUAUCUAUAGAUAUCGGGUAUCUGAUCUAUAAAUCAAUACAUAAGACACAAGUUGCUAUCUCAACGCUUUGUUUUUCUGCUGAAUUCAUCAACACCAUUUGCCUCGUCACUUGUCACACACAUUUUGUCGUUUGGAGAGGCAGAAGACGGACGUGAGAAAUGAAAAAGUGUGUAUUGAUUUUCCAUCCGUGCCAAAACGUGGACGUCACUUUAAGCGACAGUGCUCAGCUUUUUGCACCGUAGAUCCACACACACAUUUGUCAGUCGUUCCAAAAUAAGAGGACCAAUUAGUCUGCUGUAGAUGAUUAGUGUGCAUGAUUGUACGUUCACGCUCACCGCUUUGAUAUUCUUUAGUGAAGCCCAAAGGGAAAACAAUAUAUUGUAACGCUGUGCUUUAUUUGUCUGUGCUGUGCAUUUCACACCACAAUAAAAGGUAAAAGACACUCAAAA